CAAACUUGCAGAGAAUUGGCUGAGCCCUGAGUUUUGAAAAUCGUAGAUUUCGCCCGCGCUUCGCCGCCCGGUUGCUGCUCGGUGCAGUGAGCGCAGACCGGGAGCGAGUGGAUCUGGCGGGCAGGGCCCGGGCCGAGACGGCAGAUUUGACCGAGGAGCCUGAGGCGGCGGGCGGCCGGACAGAGCCACCAUGGCGACGACUGCCCUGAGGCCCAUUCACCUGCUGGACCUCUGUGACCAGAAGCUCAUGGACUUCGUGUGCAACAUGGACAACAAGGACCUGGUGUGGCUCCGGGAGAUCCAGGAGGAGGCCGAGCGCAUGUUUACCCGAGAAUUCAGCAAAGAGCCUGAGCUGAUGCCCAAAACCCCUUCUCAGAAGAAUCGCCGCAGGAAGAGACGGGUUUCUUACGUUCAGGAUGAAAACAGAGAUCCCAUCCGGAAGAGGUCAUCCCGAAGAAAGAUCCGGAGCAGCCGGAGGAGCUCCCGGCUGAGCUCCCAGCCCCUGCGUGGCAAGGACAGGGUGGAGAAGCUGACCGAGGCGUUGGGACAGCAGGGCUCCCCUGUGCUGCGGAGGGUGACCCGUGCUGCAGCCGCCGCUGCCGCCACAACCUCCAAAACAUCAGCAGCUCCUUUGCCUGCCCGGGGGUCCCCCAUAGACUGCAGCAGGAAGCUGGUGGUAGAGAUUAACUGUGGGGAGCGUAACUGUGCCGAGCAGCAGCUCAUCCAGACCAUGGCCACCUCUGUUCCAUCCCAGACCCUGUCCCCAGACCCAGCCCCAGACCCAACUGCAGCUGUGCAGGGUGUCCCAGCCUUGGUUGAAGAGUCAGUGCCAAAGAAGCCAGAUGCUGUGCGGUCAGAGUCCGCUGCAGCAAGCACCUUGGUGACCACCCCUCAGGGGCCCAGUAGCCAAGGCACAGGCCCAGUGCGGUCUGCUUGCAAGCUCAAGAUCGCGCGGGGCUCCCGGGGCCCCCAGGACUCGCCCGGGACUCCAGACUCUCCAUGGCGGGAGCAGGUGUUAGUUCCCAUCCAGCCAGAGAACUGCUCCACAACUGCAGGCUGCCGGCCUGUGCGGUGCAGCCUGAUUGCCCCGGACCCCAAAGACACGCCGGCUGAGAAGUACUCCCUAGUGGUCAAGCAGGAAGGCACCAGCCACAGGUCGAAUGAGAGGAUCACUAAGAAAGUGGCUGCGGAGCCUGCUGCCUCCGGCCGCAUCAUCUGUCACAGUUACCUGGAGAGGCUCCUGAAUGUCGAGGUGCCCCAGAGAGUUGGCCCCAAGCAGAAGGAGCUCAGCAGGGAGGUGGAGCCCUUGGCGGCAGUGGCUGAGCCUGAGGUCCCUGAGAGCAGUGAGGACACCUUGUUGCCCCACAGUGCCACUGAGACCGCCAUUCACAUGCCUGAUACACAGCCUGCUCCUGGUGGCCAGGAGAUGCCCCCCAAAGGGCAGCAAGGGUCUGUGGCUGAUGAAGCCAAAGGAUACCAGGAGCCACCCCAGAGCGUCAGGAGGAAGCGCAGCUACAAGCAGGCGAUGAGCGAGCAGGAUGAGGAACCAUCUCUAGUGGACGAGGAGCUGCAGCUGCCCAGGAACAGGACACCCUCCCCACCCUGCCCGGCCAGCAAGGUGGUACGGCCACUACGGACCUUCUUGCACACAGUGCAGAGGAACCAGCUGCUCAUGACACCGAGUACCACGUCCCACAGUGCUGUCAUGAAGUCUUUCAUAAAGCGCAACACCCCACUGCGUGUGGACCCCAAGUCCAGCUUUGUCGAGAAGGAGCGGCAGCGCUUGGAGAACCUGCGGCGGAAGGAGGAGGCUGAGCAGCUGCGCAAGCAAAAGGUGGAGGAGGAGAAACGGCGGCGCCGGGAGGAGGAGAAGCUAAAGCGGGAGGAGCGCCAUCGUAAGGUGCUGCAGGCACGUGAGCGGGUGGAGCAGAUGAAGGAGGAGAAGAAGAAGCAGAUGGAGCAGAAGCUGGCACAGCUGGAGGAGAAGACAGAGAAGGCGGCUCUGCAGGCCAAGGAGGAGCGGCAGGCAGAGGAGAAGGCCAAGAAGAAGGCAAUGGCCAAGAAGAUGGAGGAGGUGGAGGCGCGCAGGCGGCAGGAGGAGGAGGCGCGGAGACUCCGCUGGUUGCAGCAGGAGGAGGAGGAACGGCGCCAUCAGGAGCUGCUGCAGCGGAAGAAGGAGGAAGAGCAGGAGCGGCUACGCAAGGUGGCUGAGGCACGGCGCCUAGCAGAGCAGCGUGAGCAGGAGCGGCGGCGAGAGCAGGAGCGGCUACAGGCUGAGAGGGAGCUGCAGGAGCGGGAGAAGGCCCUGCGGCUGCAAUGGGAGCUGGAGGAGAAGAAGAAGAAGGAGGAGGAGCAGCGGCUGGCAGAGCAGCGGCUGCAGGAGGAGCAGGAGAAGGCAGCCAAGGAGGCAGCAACGGCCAGCAAGGCUCUGAAUGUGACUGUGGACAUUCAGUCCCCAGCCUGUACCUCCUAUCAGAUGACUCCACAGGGGAACAGGCGACCCCCCAAGAUCCACGUGGACAGCUACUGUAACUAUGGGAUGGACCUGAACAGCGAUGACUCCACGGAUGAUGAGGCCCAUCCGCGCAAGCCCAUCCCGGUCUGGGCCAGAGGUGUCCAACUUAGCCAGGCCAUUGUGCACCAGUACUACCACCCCCCAAACCUUGCUGAGCUCUUUGGGACCAUCCUCCCGCUGGACCUAGAGGACAUCUUCAAGAAAAGCAAGCCCCGCUACCACAAGCGUACCAGCUCUGCUGUCUGGAACUCCCCACCGCUGCAGGGCACACGGGCCCCUGGCAGCCUGGCCCUCGGCCUGAGGAAGUACUGAGCCAACUCGAGGCUGUCUGAGCCUUGCUGUGUGUGCCCUCACCUUCUGCCUGGCCGCUGUAUGAGCACUCACUGUUGCACUGUGGGGCCUGAUAUCCCUGCUGCAGGCCAGGGCCUCUGGGGACUGGGACAAGCCGGUCCAGCCCAACGGCCCGCAGGCAGCACUCUGUAAAUAGGUGAUGCAGAUCAGCCAGAUUUUAGUGUUUGGUGUUUGAGAGGUAGAUUAAUAAAGCAUAUUCUUUCCACCACUGUGGGUAUUGUGAAGGGCAGGGUGGAAGCAUGGCGUCGAGCUGCGGUGUCCCUUGGUCACUUUCUGUCACCACAGGGCAAAGAAGGCUGCUCCUGGGGAGAGAGCGUGUGUGUUGGAUAAGACCUUGCUCAGCCCCUUUCUGCUACUGAGGCCCUCAGACUCUGUGCCUGUCUGGCAGCAGUGGAAUUUGAGGUCUCUAGGAAGGCACCCCACCCCACCCUGUCCAGCUUGUGCAGAGCUUGAAGCCGUGGAUCUCCCAUGUGGAGAGCCCACAGCCACCGGUUGCCUGAAUGGGUGCUGUACUUAAGGAGAGGCCCAGCGUUUCCUACCACUCUGCUCUGGGGAGGAGUUCCAUUAUGCAGCUCAGGCUUUGCAGCCUGCGAAUUUAAAAGUAUUCACUCCUCAAACCUGUGCAGGAAGUUUGCUGGUCGGAGUUAGGAUAAAAGAAAGGCUAAAUGUAAGAGUGCUUCAAAAUAGAGAGUACUUUCUGAAGGAAGCAGAGGGCCAUGCAGGAGCCAGGCUUCCCGCAGCGCAGUGCACCUCGAUGGCCACCUGUGUCUGUGGACUGGAACUCAGAUCAGCCAGCUGGAGAGUGCUCUUCUGCCUAAAACCACACCAUGGAAAUGUCCCUUCUUGGAAGCUCCUCAGUGGUGACCCUCGGGACAUCAGUCGCUCUACACAGGUGACCCUGGCUGUGCCUCCUCGUAGACCAAGCACAACAAGGCUUAGAUCACUGUGACCUUGGUGGUGGCUGUGAAUAUCUUUACUUCCUCAUCUGCCAACUGUAUAUCUUUUUUGGUGCAGGGUCUCUUCAAUCUUCUUUGUAUGUUUAAAUUGGAUUAUAUUCUUAUUGUUAAGUUUAAGAAUCCUUGUAUGUCGGGCAUGGUGGUGCAUGUCUUGUAACCCUAACACUCAGGAGGCUGAGGCGGAGAAUUGCUUCGAGGCCAGCCUACAUAGUGAAACCUUGUCUCAAAAAGACGAGCCUGUAUAGUGAAACCUUGUCUCAAAAAGACGAAAACAGAAGUAAGAAACCUUGUAUACUGCAUUUUCUCAGUCUACGUUUUCUCAUUACAGUUCAAGUCACAGCAGAAA